UCUUCAGCUGUCACGUUCCAGCGGGGCUCAGCCUCGACACAACACUGAUACUCUGCUCAGAUGGAAAACAGAGCGAGCUGCUCCAAUAAGGUUAGAGUUGACCGUGGUUCCUUUCCAAAAUGCCUGCAAUAAGAAAAACUAGCAGGACAGCGGAAAUAACUUCUUAAAUGUUCCAUCCAGGAACAUCAAGUAUAUGGGGGAAAGUAUCCAACUUUUAUAUAAGUGUUGAGCUGAAUAUAAUUUUCGAUAAUUACAGCAACAACACCAAAGUGAAAGAUAUGAGCCCAGAGGAGGAGCCAGCGUAUCUGACACCGCCCACCUGCGAUCUGCUCAGCCUUCUGCUGAAGAACAGACGUCCCACCGGAGCUGUCAACGAGGUUUGGCCCAACCUCUACAUCGGAAACGCGGCCACAGCUCUGGAUAAAACCCUGUUAGUGGAUCUGGGAAUAACGCACGUGCUGAAUGCUGCAGAUGGCCCCCGGCACAUUGACACUGGGCCACUUUUCUACAAAGACACCAACAUACAGUAUCAUGGAGUAGAAGCACCAGACUGUAAAGAUUUUGACUUGAGCCCAUUCUUCACUGAGACGGCUGAUUUCAUUCAUGGUGCUCUGAGUCAGAAAGGUAAGGUUCUCGUCCACUGUGCACGAGGAAUCAGCCGCUCAGCGACUUUAGCACUGGCCUUCCUCGUGAUCAAAGAAAGACUUACCCUCGUAGAGGCUGUGGAGGCUGUUCGCAGGCACAGAAACAUUCUUCCUAAUGUUGGAUUUCUGAAUCAACUCUGUCACUUGGAUUCUUCCUUGGCCCUGCAGAGGAAACCAAGAUAACAUCAAAAAGUGGAGAAAUAAAGCAUGGAGAGAGAAUGUCCUCCAACACAGAUUAUUUUUCUGUAUUGUUUAAUAGAAUAUUCUUUACCUUACAUUUUGAGAACAUGGCUGCUUUGUUAUAGAUGUUUUGAUGUAUUUGCUUUACCUUUUAGGCAGCCAUUGGUUUCCAAUCAUUUACAUACAGUUUGAAAAUCAGUUAGCACACUUUAAUCACAUUGCGGUCACAUUUCCUUUGCAUUAUAAUGCAGUUUAAGUUCAGGACUGCACUGGAUCAACUUAUAACACAAACUGACUGAAAAAUAAAUGCAGACUUGAUAUCCCACUACAAUGUAAGGA